AUGGAGGGCGCGUGGAGGAAGGUCAGGAAGGUGCUGGGCCUCCGCCUCGGCGUGCACGCGUCCGCGGCGGGAGGUGGAAACGUCCCGCGGGCGCCGUCGGGCGCGGGCGGUUGUCGGCAGGAUGCCGCGGUGGCGGUGGUGGCGCCGGCGGCGGGCGAGUCGUCGGGGCCGAGCACGCCGGUGGGUGCUCACCGCCAGUCCAAAUCCGGGGGCAGGUCCUCCUCCACGCACUCCUCCAAGUGUAUCUCGUCUAAUGUAAAACAUGGAAACUAUGUCUGCCCAGUUUGUCGAGCGAAAUGGAAAGAGAUACCCUGUCGCUCACUAUCUUCUACUAGUCCUCAUGGAAGAGUUGGAGGUGACCAUAUUCGAUCACCCCAACUAGAUCCCCAUUUGGCUCUUCACCGGCAAGUUUCAAACCGGCGGCGAGAGGUCCGUCGGUUACAUACUUCUGAGCCAGCAGACUACAAUGAUGAUGAACCUUUGCAGCGCAUAGAGGCUUUUGACAAUCUUAAUUCUGGAUCUAGUAAAACUGCUGAGAUCAGCUCAUACCCAGAAUUCCAAGCUGUUUCACAGGCAUCAUGUCUAGAUGGAUUUGAUAUUCUGAUCCAUGUGAACGCCCCCACUUCUAGCUCAGAUGACAUCACAGGCAGUUUGGUCAAUGAAAGCUCUAUGAGGUCGUCAAGACGAGUUCCUAUCGAUCUUGUUACUGUCCUCGAUGUUAGUGGCAGUAUGGCAGGCACAAAAUUGGCACUCCUGAAGCAAGCAAUGGGUUUUGUUAUUCAGCACCUUCGGCCAUCUGAUCGCCUUUCAGUCAUUGCCUUUUCAUCUACUGCUCGAAGACUGUUCCCCCUCCAACGGAUGUCACAUCAUGGUAGGCAGCAGGCCUUGCAGGCAAUAAGCUCACUUGGCAGUGGUGGUGGUACGAACAUUGCUGAUGCACUAAAGAAAGCUGUGAAGGUAAUUGAGGACCGCAACUAUAAGAAUUCUGUAUGCAGUAUCAUUCUUCUGUCAGAUGGUCAAGAUACCUACAACAUUUCCUCAAAUUUCCAAGGCACAUCAGCAGGUCGUAGGUCACUUGUUCCAUCUUCUAUUCUAAAUGAUCUCCAUAUGGUACCCCUGCACACUUUUGGAUUUGGAGCAGACCAUGAUUCAGAUACACUGCAUUCGAUUUCUGAAGCUUCUGGUGGCACCUUUUCUUUUAUUGAGGAUGAAGGUGUGAUGCAAGAUGCGUUUGCUCAAUGUAUUGGUGGGCUUCUUAGUGUUGCUGUUCAGGAGAUGCGUCUCAGUAUGGAGUGCGUUGAUCCUGGUGUUCAACUUUGUUCCAUCAAAUGUGGCAGCUAUCCAAGUAAGGUAGCAAGAGAUGGACGAAAUGGAUCUGUUGAUAUUGCUCACUUAUAUGCUGAUGAGGAGAAAGACAUUUUGCUGUCAGUGACCAUUCCAAAAUCUUGUGAACAGACUUCACUGUUAAGAGUUGCUUGUGCUUACAAAGAUCCUGUGACCAAUGAGACUAUCAAGAUUCAAGGUGACGAGGUAAAGAUCAACAGGCCAACAUCUACUGUAUCUGUACCGGUUUCUAUUGAAGUUGACCGAGAGAGGAACCGUAUACGAGCUGCCAAUUCUAUCGAGUCUGCACGGGCUGCUGCCGAGAGGGGUGCUCUCUCUGAGGCCGUCACUAUUCUUGAGGACUGCCGGAGGGCACUGUCACAGUCUGUUGCAAGCCAGAAUGGGGACCGUCUAUGCAUGGCCCUUGACGCAGAGCUAAGAGAGAUUCAGGAGAGGAUGGCGAACCGCCAACUUUAUGAGGCUUCAGGGAGGGCAUAUAUGCUGUCUGGAUUGAGCUCUCAUUCAUGGCAGAGAGCAACAGCGCGCGGAGACUCUACAGAUAGCACCACUCUUGUUCACUCAUAUCAAACGCCAUCCAUGGUUCAGAUGCUGGAGCAUUCCCAGAAUUUCAGCUCUCUGCCUCAGGGCCGAAGACCACAAGUCCAGGGAAGCCUACAAGGGAGCAUUGGACUGGAGAACUAUUCGCGUACAUCUGCGGCCAGCAGCUAUACGUACUCUCGCUAUAGACUCAUGGGACUCCGGGUCCGCCAAGCGCGCGCCAACUUUCGCAAGAAGCAGUUGCUUACUCGCUUCCCAGACCGAGCAGGCGAGGGGGAUGCGUCCGCAGCACUCGGCGUCGGCGUGGUCACCACUACUCACCAGAAGGUCGACCACAAGUACCGCGGUAGCUCCGCGGCAAGCCGGUCCCGCCCCUCAGGACGACACGCGCCCUCCUAUACUGCACGGCUGCGUGCUGCCGUGCUCGCGUUCGAGUGCCUGCACAUGCAGGCACCGUCGACCCCGAACCUCUCGUUCCGGGUCGCCGUUGUGGACGGUGGCAUUGAGCACAUGCCUAGGGGAGAUCGGGGUGGCGCUUGGGGAGGCGUCGAGAGGCCGCUAUUCUAG